CGGUGACCCAAAUAUCAUUCGUACAUAUCCGUCGUGACCUUGGUCGUGUGUGUCGGGUAUGCCAUCUUCUUAACCGUUCAGUAGUAUAGUAGUAGCUAGUUUGUUUAUAACAUACCUAUAUUAGCCAGUGUUCGUCUAUCGCGCGAAGUUCAACACACCUUUACGCGCUUUAUCAGUCGUCGGUCAUGGCCGAAUGCUGAACUAAACAAUAAUUUAUUGGAACUUGAGUAACGUAAUAAAUUUAAAUUCAAAAUGAAAGUAUCGCUAACUAUUUUAGCGCUUGUGACCACCAUGGAGCUGGUACUAGGCGUACCGGUUUAUGGUCCACCGCAACCGUUGCCGAUUCCGCAGAAAUACAGGUCUCCAAAUGGAGCGCCUAUCCCCGCCAAGUAUCCUCCUCACCUUAGUAGUCAUUCGGGAAAGAACGAAUUCUAUUCGAAAUUUAAUCCUCAUUCAUUGCCGCCGGGCUUACGCGGGCCCGCACCCCAGCUGCCACCGCCUUUUGCAAAGUAUCCUAAUCUGCCACCACCCGGAAAACAUCAACAACAAUAUCAGCAACAAAACCAAUACCAACACCAACAUCAACUACAACAUCAACCGCAGCAACAUCAACCACAGCAACAUCAACCGCAGCAAUAUCAAGUGCAUCAGCAUCCACAACAACAACAACAACAACAGCAACAGCAACAUCAACAACAACCACACCAUUCACCGGCUAGUAGUAGACCAAUAGGACCACAGUUCCAGUCGAAACCACACUUGUUGCAAAACAGCGCUCCUCAUCAUCCUCCCCAACAAGGUCAAGUUAAUAAUGCCGCUGAUCAGCGAGUACAAUUAGCACCAUCGCGUCCCACCCCAAAGAUAACCAAUGUCUGGACGGGACCGAAAUUGUCCGGAUCACCGGACUUCCCACCACGUUUCCCCACUGCUGCCACAAAUAUAGCUCCGGUGACUGCAGUUCCGUUUUUGGAAAAACCCAGAGGACCUUACAUAAUCAACAGCGAUGAUGAGAGGGGUCCUAUCAAGACUAUACCCGCGCCAAACCUGAACCCAGCAGACAAACCAGCUAACUUCGAAGAACAAUUAUAUAGAGCGCAACACCAACAAUCAUAUGUUCAACCGUUGGACAAUUCAAUAACCGAUGAAAAAGUUUCGUAUCAGGUAACCGAAGACCCGAACGUUUACAAACAAAUCGGCAGCCAACCGUCGCCCACUUUGGAAUCCAACCCCGUACCUGCCGUGCCACUGGACAUCGCCCUGCAACAGCACUUGGACAACCAACAUCAGCAACAGUUAUCGGCCGAACAGGUCGGAUCGACGGGCACGUUAACGCCCCAAGAGUUGUACUCGCUGUUGAACGGUAGCCCUGUCGGCCCCGCCGCCGCCGCCGUGGUACCUCAGACCACGUACAUGGUACAGCAACCCGUCGUGUACGCCGUACCGCAACCGCAGUCUCUGGACCUGCAAGCCGGUCACCAGCUCCAGUACCAACCGCAGCCAGUGCAAUUGCAAUACGCUGUACAACAGCCCGCCGCCACUGGCGUGCAGUUGCAGUACGCGCAACCGGCCGCCGCCGAUCUCCAGUACUUGCAGCCGCAAACCGUCCAAUACCAUCCACAAGCCGUCCAAUAUCAACCGCAGACCGUCCAAUACCAGGUCCAACCGGAACAGCAGCAGCAGCAGCAGCAGCAGUACCAGCAACAGUCGGCUGAACAGUACAACGGCGCACAGAAGACGGCGACCGCCGCCGAGUUAUCGGCACAAAAACAACAACAGCAACAAGAGCUGAUCCAACAGCAACAGGAACAGGAACAGGAACGACAGGAGCACGAGCAGCAACAGCAACGCGAGCAGCUAAACCAACAGCAACAGCAGGCUGAGCAGCAGCUGCAACAGCAACAACAGCAACAGCAACAACAGCAACCGGAAAACGACGUACAGUAUCAACAGGAACAGGACGAAUACGAGCCCAGGAACAAGGGAUCGGUCGCGGACGAAGAACACGAUCAGAAGAAGUUGCAGAGUAUCAGAGACCAGUAUUACUCGGCCGUUCCCAACGAACAGACGGCCGGCGUGUUGGCGCAGAUCGCCCAGUCGGCUGCCAACAACGACGAACCGUCGCAGGCCGACGAACCUAAAGCCGCGGACAAGUCGCCGUCCGAUCAUCAGUCGGCGGUGCAGAUGCACACUUCGGUUCAGAUCCAACAGUCGGUGCCCCUGUACGAGGCCACUUACGCGUCGUCCAGGCGCACCAAUCAGGAGUACGUGGACGAGAGUCCCGAGGCCGACGAGCUGAUGGAAGGCAGCGAAUCGGUUGCCGUCUCGUCCGAAUCGUCUCCGUCGUCGUCCGUCAACGGACACGCACCCAAUCAGUUCCCGUACAGCGCAGCCAAUAUAAACGCGUUCGCCGCCAAUUAGUUAGGAUAAUAUUAUUAUAGUCACAACAGUUUUCCCCCGACCGGAUAUGCGAAAGCGACUUAGAGUACGUGAACUGUAUAGUUCAUAAUAUUGUAUUUAAAAAAAAAUUUUUUUAUCGAUAUCCGUCGUAUUGUAUUGCAGUGAAAUUUAUUUAUUAUUUAUUUUCGUUUCGAUUCGAAACGGUCGACAGCAUCGGCACUCGAUAUAAGCGUUUUGUCGUACGUAACUACACCGAUGAAGCGCUUAAUUAUUUAUUUAUAUUUUAUUUUUUAUUUUUGUAAACGUUUAGUUAAGUUAAAUUAAUUUAUUAUUAUUUUUUUUUUUAAGACUAAACUAAGUGAACGAUUGCUCAAUUUUAAAAUUAUAAGCCAUUGGCCAUAAUCACAAUUUUUCUCUACGUUAACUGAUGAAUAUUUUGUAAUUCGACUGGAACACGAGUCACGCGAACACUUGCAGACUUAGAGUUCAUUAGGUGCAAAAAAACAAUUAGGCCGAACAUGUACACUGUACACCGCGUAGAGAUUUUGCGCCCAACGGCCCCAAAAGCUCCCUGAUAUUAAUUUCAAUAGGUAACAACACACAUAAAAAAAAAAAAUCACCAUGACAUGAUUAUUGAAAAAGUUUAAGUUAGAUUGAUAUUUAUGUGUAAUUAUAAAAUAUUAAUUAUAAAAGAAUAAAAUACACAUUUCAAAUAAAUUUAAUUAGAAGACAUACCGUAAACUUUUGGAAAAAUUCGUGGAACGCAAUAAAGAUUUAUAAAGGCAUCAUGUAGAGUGUACUGUGUAGUUGUUUACUCGAGUGUAUUUUUACUUGUAAGUUGUAUUUGUAAAAUGUGAUUAUUUUUUUUAUCAAAUAUUACACAUACAUAUUGUUAAACAGUAAUGUAAUGCAUAUUUAUUUAGAAAUAAUUAUUAUACAUUUAUGAAUAAAUAAUAAAAGAGUGUUGAUAGUUUCGUAAAA